AUGAAGACUUACUUAGACAGGAUAAUCCUCUUGGUUCUCUUGCAGAAUUUCGUGUAUUCAAAAACCUACUAUUACAUCGGAGGUAAGUUUGAUUGACCGUGAUAUUUGUGAAGAUAACUCCCAUUAACUAUCCAUUAUAUUAAUUUGCAGACAGGCCUCAUGUUUUUGUGAAAUUCUCUGCAAACGACACGGAGCUCAAGACUGCUGAUCUCGAAAUAGAAACGUUCGAGACUUUUUUCAUAGGCUUGGAGUGUGCAAAAGUUUACAACUGCACAACGCAAAAGACUCCAGAGAGCAAGGCCUACGAUGGAAGGUAAGUUGCGCUCCUUAAUCAACUCUCCAUGCAACAGAGUAAAAACUUAUCGCUUUUUGAUGAUAAUACAGCUACAUUUUUCAGUAAAUACCCAGCAAGUCCGACUGGUAAAACUCCCGACAUAUCUUUCGGCGUAGCAACGUUGCAUACCACCGAAUACCGGGGGUACUUGGGCUCGGCCUUGAUAGAAGCGGACGACAAGGCACUUUUCAACGUUGUGGAGAGCAGCUCCAAGAAUUUCUUUAUUUCCCACAGCGGAAUCAUCGGCUUAAACGUCGAUCCAAACAAUCCAGAAUCUCAAGCAAUAAGGCUGUUCAAAAGUUUGAAAGAGAAUAAGCAGAUCAUCGUCGGAAGAGGGCCUUUCUAUCAGACCGUGGUAAGUCCGGGAGCAUUCGUGCCUAAAGGCAUCGCUGUGUCUCGAAGGAACGCCUACCGGAAGUUCGAAAAACCCCAAGUUCGACAACCAAAAGUUCGAAUGCCGCAAGUUCGAAUACUAGAAGUUCGAAAACCUCAAAUUAGAAAAACUAAAAGAUCGAAAACCGGAAGUUCGAAAUAUGAAAAUAUAAAAAAUGCAUUCGAACUUGCGGCAUUCGAACUUUUGGUUUUCGAACUUGGGGUUUUUCGAACUUGCGGUAGGCGUUCCCGACAAAGGAGACCCACCGCAAGUUCGAAUGCCUAAAGUUCGAAUGACCAAAGUUCGAACGACCUCCAGUUGUUUUGAAGAAAGCAAAAUCCACCACACAAAGCCACGAAUCCCGAGAAAGACACAGUUGGAUUGGCGCCAUGACGAAUCUUGAUCAGGUCGACAUGAAGAACAGCGCGUUCGUUGUCGGUCAACCAACCUCCAUCGUAGAGGAUGAAUGAAUGAUUGAAGAGGAAGUGUAUUUUGCAAAAUAAUUAUAUGCAAAUUAUAAUUUAAAUAUUAAUUAACUUUUUUUCAUUUUCGAACUUUAGUCAUUCGAACUUUAGGUUAUUCAAAGUUACGGUCAUUCGAACAUUAGGUAGUUCGAACUGGAGGUCGUUCAAACUUUAGUCAUUCGAACUUGCGGAUUCGAACUUGCGGUGUGUCUCCGUCUCGAAGAUUUUCUAUUUUUUUCAGCGCGACAAGCAGAUGAACAGCAAUCUGCAUGGACAUAUCGCACUUGACGAGGCCAAGCUGAGUGGAUGUGGCGACUUUACAUAUAUGCCAACUGAAGGCUCUGGAUGGCAAGUGAAGGCAAGGUAAAGAUCAUCUAUAUAUGAAGUAAAAAAACCACGAGGAACGCAAAUAUUUACUAUCAAAAUUUACCUCAAAUCUUGCCUACUUAGAGCUUAUUUUCAGCGUCAAAGUGGGCGAUAAGACCUACGCCAACCAAGUUGUUGGUUUCUCAUUUCAUGAAGCCACCCAGGCUCCAUCAAAAAUCUUCCAAGAACACUUCAACAGCGUCACAGACCCUGACAAAUUGCCCGAUUUGACCUUGAUCCAUUCGGGCCAUGAAUUCGCUGUUAAUCGCAGCAACUUUGAGAAUUACUACGGCAAUGAGAUGCUCAUUGUUCAUGCAGAUGUGAAUGAAAACGGGCAGUUCUUGCUUGGCGAGAACUUUUUAAGCAAUUGGUGCAUUGCCCUGAAAGCUGAUAAUGAUUUGAAGAAGUUUGAGAUUGGCCUGGCGCCAAUGACUCCAUUGAAAGAUGACCCGAAGUGGACUAAACUCGGCGAUAAUGGCAACGAUGGAGGCGGCAAAGGUGAUGAGGCAAGCGCUGCAGUUCUGAGCUUCCGGUUGAUUGUAGCGGCUAUUUUUGGGACUAAACUGCUUUGUUGA